GUGAGAAAAACGGUAACCACUAUGGAAGCCUGUCCGGAAGUCUACACCACACCUCCCGUACAGCCCAAGGAAGACAAGCCUGGGCAGCUGACAAAGGAACAAGUCAAGCAGUACUUCGAUGAGGGCUUUGUUCUAGUGAAGGAUUUCUUCACGCCCGAGGAACUCCAGCCCAGCAGAGAUGGUACAGAAGAACUGGUGGACGCUCUGGCAAAGAGACUGUAUGCAGCUGGCAAGAUCAAAAACAAGUACCAAGACGCUGACCUGUUCACACGUCUGACAAAAAUCGAGGAGGAGUUUCCUGGGACAUGCGCACUGCUGCUGAAGGAGGGGAAGAUUCACAAGGCCUAUUGUGACCUGUGGGUCAACGACCGCCUGCUGAAUGUAAUGGAGCAGCUGGUUGGUCCGGAGAUAGCAGGCAACCCGCUGUGGAACCUUCGGCCGAAGGUACCAAGCAAUGAUGAGACAACUGUGCCCUGGCACCAAGACAACUGCUACACUCUGCCAGAGUCUCUGGGCACGUUGAUUCCGGUGGCUUGGAUUCCUUUGCUGGACGCUACUGUGGAGAAUGGCUGUAUGCAGCUUGGUGUCAAUGUGAAGACUGACGUGGUGACUUGCGAAGUUCCUUAUGGGGGCGUCUUAUUCAUCAACAAUGCCAUUCCGCACAGAAGUCUCCCGAAUAAGACGGAACAAAUCCGCUGGAGCCUGGAUCUGCGUUGGCAGGACCCUGACAAGCCUAGCGGAUUUUGGGGGAAGCGCAGGCCUGUUCUGAUGCGCACCGCCAAGGAUCCAACCUACAAGGUGCCACAGAGCGAAUGGGACAAGUUCUUCAACGCCGACCGUGGGAGCGAGCUGGAGAUGAGCACUGGACUCUCCGGUAAAGAAGUGGACGAGUUUGACACGACCGUGCACGGGCCAUGGCUGACCCGCUGGCCGAUCGUCCGCCACAAUCGCCACACGAGGGCGCUGCUCCUUCAACAGGGCAAUGUCUAGGAGGGCACAG